CGUUUAGUACUAGCGGACCUGCCUUGCGGUCAAGGCUCCGCGCCGAAUGCCCGCGCCUCGGUAAUUUUUUUAAAAAAUAAUUAAAAAGCGCGCGCUCGCGACUGUCAAACGUCAAACGAAAUUAAAUUAAAACUUUUUAAUUUUUAUUUCUAACCAGCAUUAAAUCCUAUUUAGUACGAAUAACUGUUUACUUCUUAAUGCCGGUGGAUAAUGAGUUCGUGAUUGUGCUACGACUUGGAAUCCGUUAAGCAGAACAACCGAAAUGCAACACACCUAAGCCGUCAACAAGAAUGGGACCACCAAUCAAUACGUGGCCGUACAGCCACCCAAAAUUCAAUACAAGUGAAGAGAAAAAGUGUCUGAUACAUACUCUAAUUGAUAGUGUACGAAGUGUUAGCAUCAACUGUACUGUAGUGGUAGUGUUAGUGCAAUUAUUAUAUAGUUUGACGUAUGUCACGGCUGGGCCAGUUAUAUUAAGCUUGGAUUAUUUGCAAGCUCCAGUCCCCCUAGCUAGAAAUAUAAGGCAUUUACCCUGCGUCUCAAGAAGAUCAGGAGAAGAGGGGCUUUGCAUGUUUGCCAUAGACUGUCUCAAAUCCAAUGGAUCUCAUCUGGGGACAUGCAUCGACAGAUUUUAUUUUGGGUCCUGUUGUCAAAUUCCUGAUAAAAAUAUCCUGCCAAGUAUCAUUAAUAAUAUAGAAGAUAAUACUAUAGAUAGCUCAAAUUUUGUCCACCCGCAAGAAGAUAAAAUUAUUAAUCAUUUAUAUAAAAAACCAACAAGUACCACAAAUAAGCCUAGCAGUUUACAUGUCCCUACGGAAGCAACGGUAAACGCACAAGAUAGAACAGCGUCAAAUGAGGAAAAUAAUUUGGAUAAAAUUACAACCAUAGAUAAUACGAUAGUAGAUAAAACUACGCCCAGUUCCACAGAGUCUAUGAAAACCACUCAAAAAAUACAACCAACUGAAGUUUCGAUAAAAAUAUCAACAUUCCAAAGUGUAUCAAGUGAUACAAGCUAUUUAACUUCACCAAAACCAAUUAAGGUUGAAACAACAGAGGCUAUUACAACAGAAAAACCAAAACCUCCGAGAAAGCCCAUAAGGCCUACAUAUAAGCCCAGACCUACAUUUAGACCUACUAACUUUACAAGGCCACCAUACACAGGUACUGGCAAACCUAGGCCCACAAAACCAAUAUCAACAGUAAUUCCAACAAGAAAACCACCUUUUAGGGUUCCAUCUAAAAGACCUUCAACAAAAAAGCCGAUACAAAUACCACCAAGAUUAAAUAUAACAAUACUACCACAAUAUACAAGCUCAAGACCAGCAUUUUCUCGUCCAUCAGGUCCAUCAAUCAUUUAUAUUAAUCAUACACUAUCAAAGGUUGAAGAAACCACUUUACCUACCGUAUUUAACAAUACGUCGUCAACUACUCCCAGUACAACAUCCAGAGAACCAAGUACAACUACAACUACUACUGCACAUUCAACUACUGUAAGUUCAACUAGUGCAAGCACAACGACCAUAACGACAACGCCAACAACAACAACCACGCCAGCAUCUACAACGACUGAGAAACAACAAACGGAAGCAAUUACGGAAAUAGUAGGAAUAGAAACAGAAUCAAUUCUUCAAACCGAAACCCUCUCUACUACCGAACCAUCUAAAGUAGAACUAACAACAGAAAUAUCAAAAGAUUCGGAAAUAGAAACGACUGUAGGAUUUACAGAACUAAUAACACUUGCAGAAACAACAGAUUUUAAAGAUAUAACAACGCAAGCGUUAACAGAAAGAGAAACAAUAAGAACGACAGAAGUUGAGAUUACAACAACUGACUUCCCACCAUUCGUCACCUGGUCGUCAAACGUGGACACAGCAACAAAGACACCACAAAAACCAACCACCGAAGCUGAAGAUAAUUGGUCACCAAUAACUCCACCAGAAGGAUGGGUGCUGCUAACUACAUCAAAACCAGAAACAACAUCAAUAACUACUACGACAACAACAACAUCCACAACGACAUCCACAGAAACAACAACAGCAGAGCAACCAACGGUUAUAAUAACUGAAUCUACUAGUGCACCAUCCAUUUCAAGUGUCGAAACCACACCAUCUACGACAACCACAACAACCAUUAAUUCAACAUCAACAUCAGAACAACAGAUUCCAGAGUUCAUUGUAAAUGUUACGUUAUCACCAACAGUUCCAACUACAACGGAAAGUUUAAAGGAAAAUGUAACGUCUAGUGAAAACUCAACUAACGCAGUGGACGUCAAUGAGGUAACGACAGUAAAAAUAGAAAUGGCCUACAACAUGUCAAAUUUCAAAGAUGUGUGCGGACGUCGUAUGUGGCCUCAGGCUCGCAUAGUUGGUGGAGCCAAGUCCAGCUUCGGUGAAUGGCCCUGGCAGAUAUCACUCAGACAGUAUAGGACCUCUACGUACUUACACAAGUGUGGUGCGGCGUUGUUGAAUGAAAAUUGGGCAAUUACAGCAGCGCAUUGUGUGGAACACGUGCCGCCAUCUGAGCUUUUAGUGCGUCUGGGAGAACAUGAUUUGGCAACUGAAGACGAACCCUACGGUUUCGCGGAAAGGCGGGUGCAGAUCAUAGCCAGCCAUCCCCACUUUGACCCGGCUACCUUUGAAUAUGACCUCGCAUUGUUAAGAUUUUAUGAGCCAGUAACAUUCCAACCAAAUAUCCUACCAAUUUGUGUACCUGACAAUGAUGAUGACUACGUUGGAAAGACCGCGUACGUCACUGGCUGGGGUCGCUUGUAUGACGAGGGACCACUGCCAAGCGUGCUCCAAGAGGUACAAGUGCCGAUAAUCAACAACACCGCGUGCGAAUCAAUGUACCAAGCGGCUGGAUACAACGAACACAUUCCCAAUAUAUUUAUUUGCGCGGGAUGGAAGAAUGGAGGCUCUGAUAGUUGUGAAGGUGAUAGUGGAGGACCGAUGGUUAUACAAAGGGACAGGGAUAACCGUUUCGUUCUUGGUGGGAUCAUUUCUUGGGGUAUUGGCUGUGCGGAGCCAAACCAACCCGGAGUUUACACGCGGAUAUCAGAGUUCCGGGACUGGAUCAACCAAAUAUUGCAGUUUUAAAUCACCUAUAUAUACUUUUUAGAAGUGAAAAAUUACUUUCAUAGUCUGUGCAAAAAGUAAAUCGGCGUGGGAUUUGAGGUCGCGGCAGUACUUUCGAUAUGUUGUAUGUACAGAAUUACGUCAUUAUUGUUUAAAUAAUUGAUACAUAUUAUUUAAAAAAUAAGUAUAUAAAUAUUUGUGAAUAAAUUAAAUAACUAACAGUAAAUAAGACAUAUUUAUUCGCAUAACCUCGCCGUUUAUCUUUUUGCGCAGACUAUCUUGGUUGGACUUUAUGUGGUGUGAACUGAAAUUCGAUUAUUCAUCGCGUACCAUUAAAUAAAUUGGUUCUUGAUUAAUAUUAGAGGCCCAGUGAAACUAAACAUAUAGGAUAUCAAUUGAAUUUUCUGGCUUUGUUAUUGCAGAAUUUUGCAGAGUUAGUCCGUCGCUAAGUUCUGAAACGACACAUAUACCACAUCGUGGAUUAAUUUUCAAUGCUAAAGUAUACAUACAGUUUAUUAUAAAUUAUUUUAAGUGCGUUGCCGUAUAUCUAUGCAUCAAAUGUUUAGGUUAUUUAUUAUCAUUAAUUUUAUCUAUUUCAGAAUUUUACAAUUAUGGAUACUUCUUGUUUAAAUGUCUAUGGUUCGAAAAUACAAAGACGCUAAACAUUCCUAACUAUGUACAUAUAAUUCUUUUGUGGAUACAGUAUACAAAAAAUAGUUUAACCAUGUUAGAUAAAAGAAUUUAGUAUUAUUUCCCAGUGUUAGUUAUUUGCACACGAUAUAAUUUGCAAAAAUAUUGCUGAAUUGUCUAUGGUGCAUGUGUAAACGAAUUUAUAAUAAUGUAAAAUGUGUUAACGUCAAAAUAUUUUUAUAAUACUUGAAUUAAUUAAUAUUAUUUAUUCUUAAUGUAAGUAAAUUUGGGUAUAGACAAACAGUAGACAAUAAUAGCAUUAAGUUUAAGAAUAAAUUCGGCCAAUUUCUAAUUAAGGCUCACCUAAGUUUAAUAUUGUUAUAAUAUGUAAAUAAUCAUAAAUAAAUUGCAUUUAUUAUUUCUAUUUAUGACUAGCCAUAAAUGAAUUUUAUU